AUGAACUCCGUCCACAGCCUGAUAGACGCUCCAGCACCAGCCUCAGCCCAGGGCCCGACGCAGCUUGGAGCCCAGGCCGGGCUUCACCUCCACGACCACGCUCAGGAGCAGUCUCAGCCGCAUCACCAGCUGCACCGCCUAGCCUCGCCCACCCCGAUCCCGGUGUCGGCUUCGGGCCCGGCGCCGGGCCCCGUCGGCCUCUCGCUGUCUCCCUCGUCGGCGCCCCCGUCGGCGCCAACUCCUGUCCAUACCCCGAGGCCAGAUGAUCUGCAUCAGAGACAGCUGCCGCCGCCCUCUACGCCGUCCUUGGCGCAUUACGCCUCCAUUGCUUCGCCUCCUUUGAGACAGGAUACUGGCUCGUCAAUCUCAACUCAGGCCACCACGGCUACCCUGGCCUCUACAGAGACCAACAACACAUCGUACAGUGCCGACACCUCCCCUAACCUGCACCAGUCCAUUUUCUCCCUCAAGGAUGGCUCCGACGUCUCUAACAGCCGUCGAACCAGCAGGAGACGUACCGGCCCCCUAUCUCAACAGUCCAGAGAACGGGCCGCCCUGAUCAGAAAGCUAGGAGCCUGCGUCGACUGCCGCCGCAGGAGAGUUGCC